UAUAAAAGACAAAAUUUCAGACAAAUGACGGCACCGGCGAAAAACCAGGUAAUUGUGCUCCAGCCUGGUUACUCCCACGAGGAUGAAAAUGAUGAGACUGCCAUGAGAGCGAACUGCACCUGCACGCUGAUCCGCUGCAGAGACGGCCAAAAUAUCAUCGUGGACACUAUGACAGCUUGGGACGGCGACCUGUUGCAAUCUCUGCUGCGGCACCAAGGUCUGGAAGUUGAGGACAUACAUGUUGUCGUCUGUACCCACGGACACUCUGAUCACAUUGGAUGCAAUUACUUGUUUAAGAAGGCGCGCAUUCAUAUGGUAGGAGCUUGUGCCUCCAACCGUGAUCUAUACUUUGACCAUCUUUCAAGCGGCGACAUAAACGAGAAAAAGCAAUUGGAUACAAAUGGCGAGGUUGUGGUCAAGCGGACACCCGGGCAUACGCUUAGCUGUGUUUCUGUAAUCGUGCAAAGCACUCAGCUUGGCGGCACGGUUGGUAUUGCUGGAGAUCUCUUCGAGCGCCGGGAGGAUGUGGAGGAUGACAGCAUUUGGAGGAACGCUGGCAGCGAGGAUGAAAACAGUCAGCGCGUGGAGCGAAGCAAAAUGGGUCUCUUGUGUGAUCACAUUGUGCCAGGACAUGGACCGAUGUUUCCGUUGACUACCGAAAUGCGCCUGAAGUUAAAACGAGACGCGGAAUUAUCGUAAUAAAUCGUAAUACAUUUGAAUUU